AUGCGCCCCGCAGGAUGUCCUUCAGGACACGAUCGACUUCUGAAGAUUGAUCGAGUGCCAUUAUCGGUAAUUUGUAACAAUGCAACAGACAAUAUAAAAGAACGCAGUCAAAAUCGUCUCCUUCGUCCCAUUUUUAUCAAUGGUGUUGAAGUUGGCUUCGCCUAUGCUAAAGGCGCAAAUGCGGUAAAAAAAUUAAGCGCACGUGGAAUAACAAUUUGCUUGUGGUAUUUUAUAUCACGUGGUCAUCAAGCACAAGCGCUUUUACCUCUUUGUUUUAAAAGCUAUCCGGAUAAAUCGAACGGCUGGGAUGAAAUUAUGGCUCUUUAUCGCAUUAAUUUGAUUGAAUUUACUCCAGGAUUUGGUAGUGACAAAUACGUAGAAGUGAAUCGUAUCAUGGCAACGCGUACACGUCAAUACGGUGGUUGCAUGGUUGCACGUUCGCAAAUGCACAAUAUUGUUGAACAAGAUCCGAUGCUUGAUCGGACCGUCGAAGAAAAAUUACUGAUGCCGUCAUUCAAUGGAAACGAUAUUAUCUUUCCUGUUGAUGGGCCUCUUGGAAGACACGGGUGUACUCUGGCGGAAACGCUCGUAUGUCCACUCGAUAACUUGGAAUGGUCACGCUGUGUUUCGCAACAGAUGAGUCUCCGUGAUCAACGAAUCUGGAUGACUAAUCUGGCUAAUAUCAUGCAAAACCCUCAGUGGAUAACAGCUGCUGGGAAAGUGUGUCGUCAGCAGUCAUUGAAUUUUGUUAUCAUUCCACCAGGAUAUCCUCCGCUCGAGAAACCGCUACUCCAGCUUCAUCCUCCUGAGACGAAUCCACCUGAAAAUCGUGGAUUUUCUAAACUUCGACGCUGGACACGACAAAGUCGCUUUCCUGAUAGCAGUGGAUAUAGUCCACGAUCCAGCUACAAUAAUAACAAUUAUAUGGAUCAUUUUUCGAGCCGUCGCAGAAGCUGGACGCAGAGCAAAAGCGCUUUCAAUGCAAACCAUUAUUUUGCACCUUCAUAUCGACGAAAUCCACGCAAAUAUGGCGAAAAAAAAGUGACUUACAUUGGUCAUCCGAAUUCGAUUUAUCGUUUAGAUGAUCCAUCGCGCAACUCGCUUAACAAUGAUUCUCGAAGUGCUGGAUCUAACAAUAGACCGAAAUCGGAAGCAGUCGAUAAGCGUACUCGUGCCAAUGUUUUGGCAUAUAGCAAAGCAAAUCCUGCUGCACUGUGCAGUAAAAUAUCAUUUCCGAGAAUUUUGCAGACUAGGCCAAUUCACCACCGAAAACCGAAUUCAAUCGCGGGAAAACAUGGCCUGAAAAAACUUCCUGAUAUCCUGGAGGAAAAUGAUCAGGAAGAGAAAAAAGAAAUGAGAGAUAAGGGCAAUAAUACAAAAGAUAAGGAUGAGAAACAAGAUCAGGAACAAGAUGAGGAAGAUGAGGAGGAGGAAAAGGAGGACAAACAGCUGCUAGAAGGCAAUGAUGCUUUUCCAAAAGCUACCAAAAUCCACUCAACGAACGGUAAGAAAAACGCUGGUGUUCUUAAUGACGCCGAGAAAGAUCAAUUUAUAUUGCGUGGAAUCUCCCUCAUUAAUAAUGAAACUGUCAUUUGCUCCACUUUUGAUGAUGCUGACUCCGUUGCUGUUGCAAUGACUAGUUGUGAUAAGGAAAGUGAUCUAAUUAACUUCUCAGACUCUGAAUUGGAAAAUGGAAAUGAUAAGCCUCUCUUUGAAACCAGAACAUUGAUGUAA